AUGUUUCCCCACUUUCCAGAUGAAAACCCUGAGGCUCAGGUUCAGGAUGAAAUUCGCGCAAAGCUAAAAAGUAAGGAAGCCAGAGCUAUAGUGGGAGGUCUGCUGAUUCCAGACCCACUGCUCUCCCUCCAGUGGUUGGAGCCUGGCCAAGCAGCAACCCCAGCAGCCAUCACAGCCCCCAGGUCCUGGGGGCCACAGGGCCAGUCAGCCCAGAUGCACGGCCUGAGAGGCUCCUGGGUGCCGCACGCCUGCGCCCUCCUGUCUGCACACUGCCCUCUCCUCCUGAGGGCCAGGCUGCUGGAGUGGAAGGAGCAAGGCAUGUGGGGCAUGGGACAUCGAGGGUACGUGCCAGCUGGGAAACUGGAGCUGUACCACGUGGUCCCCCGUGAGGAGGAGCUCAGAGGGCAGGCGAAGCCUCACAGGGACUCCCCACGUCAGACACCAGAGCCCACCUUGGCCCCUGUCCCUUCUGUCCCAGCAGUGACCCAGGUGGUGGCAGUGUACCCCUUUGUGGCGAGAAGCAGCCAUGAAGUGAGUCUGCAGGCAGGCCAGCAGGUGACUGUCCUGGAGGCCCAGGACAAGAAGGGGAACCCAGAAUGGAGCCUUGUGGAAGUGAACGGACAGAGGGGCUAUGUGCCUUCCAGCUUCCUGGCCAGGGCCUCAGGUCCAGCUCUGUGGGGCUGGAGUCUGCCCUCUUAGGGUACCCUCCUUGGAGCUCAUGUUCCAAGAGGCUUAGAGGCUGUGACCCAGGGAGGGAAAAGAAGCAAAGAGAAGGUGGGGGUGGAUGGGGAAAUCAGGCCAGGUGGGGUGAAGGGCACCCAGAGGCAGCCAGAAGAGGUAGGUGGGCCUUGCAGAGUGCCUGGCGUGGGUGGACAUGAAAGGCUCCAACCAGGAUGGCUCAUUAUGUCUGCAUGAAGAGGGCGUUCCAACCUGAGUCACAACACCUGGGAUGGCAGGUCACAGCUGAUUGGCCAGGACUUGCUUAUGGCCAAUCUUACCUGUGCCCCGUCCGGGCCUGCCCAUGGGAGUGGGUCACCCGGGUGAGCAUUACCUCUGCGCUGUGUGGUUGCGUGGAGGCACACUGGAGAGUCCAGAACCGCCUGGCCUGGCAGUUCACUUCCUUCCUGUGGUAUAAAGAGAUGCAACGGCCGACCAGUCAGCUUUUAUUUCUCCAUGCUGGGAGCUGAGUUAUCUUGGGCAAUGAACCCCUGGGAGCCCUCUCUAGCAAGGGAAUGAGGGCUUGUCAGGGCAGUGGAGAGGUUCCCAGGAGACUUUUGGCUGGGCCAGGGAGUAGGUGUGAGCAAGUCACGAUUCUGGAAUGUGUUAAGGCAAAUGCAGAGGCUGCUCCAGGGAAGAGGGGAUUUUUGAGGAUGUGCUAGGUGGGGUGUGUGAGGCUGUUAGCAGCAGUUGUACACUGCUGCUGUGUUCUCUGGAUUAGGAGACAGAGGGGUAGGCAAGUCAUAGAGGAAACUCUGUGAAGCAGGUAACUAAAGGCCUGGUGGGUGGGUAAUGACUUGGUUUCCUGUUUCUGGAAGAAGGGGAGCCAUUGGAACCCCCAGUGGUUUCAGGAGGCUGCUGAGGGCUUGGAGGCAACAGUGGAGGUGAUGUCAGUUCGCUGUGGCCCCUCAGACAUAGGACACGACCUCAGUUUUCCCAUCUAUAAAGACCUAACUCAUAAGCUUGUGGUGAGAAUGACAUGAUGCUAAGGAUGUGGAAGCUUCUUGCAAGUUGUGAAGUGUGAUAUAAAUGUAAAUUGCAGGAUGUCUAGGAAGUGGUCUCAGGAUGGCCCCAGCCAUCGGCUGGCCGCUCGCCAUGCCCAUGGCCAUGACGGACAUUAUUAAUCACUGUGGCAUCCUUUCCCAUAAACCCAGGAUCCCUCCCAACGCUGCAAUCUAGGUAACCAAACUCUUGAACUUGGUGAAAUCAAACUUAUUGUCAUCGCUUUCUAGAACUUAGAAAUUGAAGCCCCUCAAAACAGUUCCUGUUCAAGGAAGACUGACCGCUGGGGCGAAUUUGGGUGCAGCCGCUAUUGGAUCAUCAUCUCUAGGUUGUAACUUGGGGCUCACAUAAAUUGCAAGAUUCACAGGAGAGGGAAAAGGUGAUCCAUUGUAACUUUUAAAAUAAAUUACAGAUCGUUUAAAAAUAUAUUACAGAGAGGGCAGAGUCAAGAUGGUGUACUAGGAGGACGCGGAAUUCGCGUCUCCUCACAACUAGGGCACCUACCGGGCACCAGUGGGCGACCACGGACACUUAAGGGGACGGGAGGAACCUACA